AUGAUUAAAUCGUUUAAUAAGCGCAAUUGUGUUUGUCUGGCCCUUGCGCUACUGUGUCAAGUGAUACUCAUCAGUGCAGAAGUUGAGCAGAAUGUUACUUUAACGACAGAUGGAACUGUUCCUACUACGGCAUCUACAGUGGAUUGUUUCCCAACGUGCACCACGCCGUCAUUCAACUUUACGGACCCUUUCCCGACCGGCACAACGCAAGAUGCGAACUGGACCACACCGUACUACAAUUGGACUACUCCAAGUCAGAAUUGGACGACUCCAGAUUGGAACGCCACCUGGAUACCCACGGGAUCUACUCCAGAUGCUAACUGGACGAUUCCUCCUGUGAAUUGGACUACUCCAGACUACAAUUGGACUACUCCGAGUCAGAAUUGGACGAUUCCUCCUGUGAAUUGGACUACUCCAGACUACAAUUGGACUACUCCGAGUCAGAAUUGGACGACUCCAGAUUAUAACGCCACCUGGAUACCCACGGGAUCUACUCCAGAUGCUAACUGGACGAUUCCUCCUGUGAAUUGGACUACUCCGAGUCAGAAUUGGACGACUCCAGAUUAUAACGCCACCUGGAUACCCACGGGAUCUACUCCAGAUGCUAACUGGACGAUUCCUCCUGUGAACUGGACUACUCCAGACUACAAUUGGACUACUCCGAGUCAGAAUUGGACGAUUCCUCCAGUGAACUGGACUACUCCAGACUACAAUUGGACUACCCCGAGUCAGAAUUGGACGAUUCCUCCUGUGAAUUGGACUACUCCAGACUACAAUUGGACUACUCCGAGUCAGAAUUGGACGACUCCAGAUUAUAACGCCACCUGGAUACCCACGGGAUCUACUCCAAAUGCUAACUCCACGCUUCCUACUCAAAAUCCCACGGUUGAUUGUGCACCGACCUGCACUACACCUUCCUUCACCACGCCGUUGCCGACUACCAUUACUAGCUCAAACUCUUCUUUGAAGAGAGGAUCUAACGCGCGAAAGUCACUACGAAACUCCCAUCCACGACACAGGGCAGCUUUUAACUCGCACGGAAAACUCAAGCAACAACAGACAAGAGCUUCUUCCGAUCCGCAACAAGAUCUUCCUGAGGCAAAUGUGUUUCCGAGGAAACGGCUGCAUUAUCGUGCAAAACAUUUGAAUGAUGAUAGCAAUGAGAGUCGGUCGGUGUAAAAACAAAGUGAUGAGAUACAAAUCAUGACUGCAUUAAUCUUAACACAUCAAAGCAGUUUUUUCAGCAGUACACCAUUGAUCACAAUUAGACAUUGUAACAGACGCAAUAGUAAUCAAACUCGUAUCUCAGAUGGAAAAUUAUAAGCAAGAAUCUUGAUAAACUCGGUUACUGAUUACAAA